ACUAGCGGGCCACGCACGGAGCGCGCCCCGGGAGGAGCCCGGAGUCGCAGACCGCCCCGCCCGCGCGGCCAUGAAGGCGAUCCCGGUGCGCAGGUUCCGCGUGCUCAUUCUGAUGGCGUUCCUGCUGGCCUGCGCGCUGCACGUUGUGCUGGACCUGCUGCCCAAGCUGGAGAGGAGCGCCGCGCGGCCCGCGGGGGAGCCGGGUUGCUCGUGCGCCCAGCCCGCAACCGGGGCGGCGGCACCCGGCUGGCCCAACAAACACACGCUACGCAUCCUACAGGACUUCAGCUCAGACCCUUCCUCCAACCUUACAUCCCACUCGCUGGAGAAACUGCCGCCCGCAGCUGAACUGGCCGAGCGUGCCGUGCGGGGGCAGGAUCCCCGCGCGCCGCGACUUCGCGACCCAGCGCACCGGCCGCUUCUCCGAGACCCCGGCUCCUGGCGGUCGGUGCCGCCCUCUGGCCCAAGCCGGGAUGGCUCCCUCCUGGCCAGGCUGUUUGAACACCCACUCUACCAGCUUCCCACCCCGCCGCUAACGGAGGACGACGUCCUCUUCAAUGUGAACAGCGACAUCAGGUUCAACCCCAAGGCCGCUGCGGAGAACCCAGACUGGCCACAAGGUGCUGAAGGCGGAGAAUUCUUACCCACCGGGGAGGUGGCAGUGGACUUCUAUCCCAACUGGCUCAAGUUUCACAUUGGCAUCAACCGGUACGAGCUGUACUCUAGGCGCAGCCCAGCCAUCGAGGCCCUGCUGCGGGACCUCGGUGAGCACAGGAUAACCAGUGUCGCCAUGAAGUCGGGGGGCACACAGCUGAAACUCAUCAUGACGUUGCAGAAUUACGGGCAAGCACUGUUCAAACCCAUGAGGCAAACGAGGGAGCAGGAGACGCCACCUGACUUCUUUUACUUCUCUGACUAUGAAAGGCACAAUGCGGAGAUCGCUGCCUUCCACCUGGACAGGAUCCUGGACUUUCGCCGCGUCCCUCCUGUGGCCGGCAGGAUGAUCAACAUGACCAAGGAGAUCCGGGACGUCACACGGGACAAGAAGCUGUGGAGGACCUUCUUCAUCUCCCCAGCCAACAACAUCUGCUUCUACGGCGAGUGCUCCUAUUACUGCUCCACGGAGCACGCCCUGUGUGGGAGGCCAGACCAGAUAGAGGGCUCACUGGCAGCCUUCCUGCCGGACCUGGCCCUGGCCAAGAGGAAGACGUGGCGGAACCCCUGGCGCCGGUCCUACCACAAGCGCAAGAAGGCAGAAUGGGAGGUGGACCCCGACUACUGUGAAGAGGUGCAGCAGACGCCCCCCUAUGACAGCAGCCACCGCAUCCUGGAUGUCAUGGACAUGACCAUCUUUGACUUCCUCAUGGGCAACAUGGACCGCCAUCACUAUGAGACUUUCGAAAAGUUUGGGAACAAGACGUUCAUCAUCCACUUGGACAACGGGCGAGGGUUUGGAAAAUAUUCCCAUGAUGAGCUCUCCAUUCUGGCGCCUUUACAGCAGUGCUGCAGGAUCAGGAGGUCCACCUACCUGCGGCUGCAGCUCCUGGCCAAGGAGGAGUACAAGCUGAGCCUGCUGAUGGCAGAGUCCCUGCAGAAGGAUCGGGUGGCCCCCAUCCUGUACCAGCCGCACUUGGAGGCUCUGGACCGGCGGCUCCGCAUUAUACUCCAGGCUGUCAGGGACUGCGUGGAGAGCGACGGGCUCCAUAGCGUGGUACAGGACGACCUGGACCCCGAGCACAGAGUCCCCACUGGGAGGUAGUGACCGCAAGCCGCCGGCUGCCACUGGGAAGACACAUGCACCCCUCCACGAGCCCAGAGAAGCUGGAGUGGACAGGGCUGCCUCCCAGAGUCCAUGAGCCUCUGGAGUGUGAGCUCCUCGGCGUUGGGUCCCACAGGACACAUCUUACUCAUUCAAGACCAGGAGAGGCAGGGGAAGGGGUGUUCAGUGCUCCUGGACAGCUGCAGCCUGGCGGCGGGGGCCACCGCCCUUUUGUAUGGGAAGGAGGCCUUCAUUUAUUACUUUGUAUUUAUACAUGGCGUAUGUGUGCACAAACAGGUGCCUAUAAGCCCAACCACCUCCCAGGCCCACAUAAGGGGCUGCCCCCUGAGUUCUCCGGCGCUCUCACACCCUGACCUGACCUAAAAUUAAAUCGUCCUUGCCCUUCCGGGAGCCCCGCACUUAGAGGACUGAGUCUCGUCUGAGGCCACUAGACUCCUGGCAGCUGUCCUGGACUUGGGUAGACAGACGAACACUCGAGUGUGGUUUCAGAGAUACAUAAGGGGCCACUUUUUCUGCUCAUCAGCACACCCAACAGCUCCUGGGAUGUCCUCGGCUUGCUUGGGGUAGAGGCUCUGUGGGCUGAAGCAGCAUUUUUGUGGAAUAGUUCACAAUGUGGUGAAAGUGCAAUAAAGAUACAGCCAGUGUG